AUGUCUCAAGGUACCGACGUGUCCAAUGGCGGCCAAGGCUCUCCAAACUCGUCAAACGAUUUGCCUCGAGGAGAUCAAUCGAAGGCUUGUCAAGCGCCAGGAUGCACGCUGGCGAAUCAGGAGGUAUCACCAUCAGGGAAUGGCGGGGGUGGGCAUCAUCAUAAACACUAUCAUACACAGCAUGGCUCUUCAAUAUCCGUCCCUCCGACUUUAAUUUCACCUUCGUCAGAGCCGGCCGUGAAUGAAGAUGAUUUUCGAACGGCUAGUCCCGAGGAGAUCAAUAAAGAUGUCUCUAAGCCUGUGACCGCCUUUUCUCAGCUGACAUCUGAAAAUCUGAAUGCAAACGAUAAUGCGAGGUUACAACAGGAUGUGGUCCCGCGAUAUCGCAAACAGAUACGCAAUGGUGCAUCUUCUGUCCGUUCAAGUCAAAGUCACGAUGCCGAAGCAGUUCUCUUUCAAAGAGCGAGACUUGAAGAGUUAUUCCGUGCAUACAACAGCGGGGAUUCUGUAGCAGCUGAUGCUAUUGCUGAGAUUGCUCGCUCGAAUGGCAUUCCUGGAGACUUGCGGCGGCAAGCAUGGCCAAUACUUCUUGAAACGCACCCUAUUAGGCUUACGGGGGCCCACAUUCGAGGCCCCGUACUCAGUAUGCAACAUAUGGAACCGGCCAAGGACAUGCCUAUCCGGAGGAUACGGGGCGAAAUUGCUCGUUUCCAUAAACGCCGAAAAACCAACCUAAGCACGCGUAACACCUCGUCAUCGCUUUCAGUUUCGCCUGCUGCUGGUGCCACCACUCCUUUGACAACCACUAGCGCAACUUCUUCAUCUGCUAUUGCUCCCGACAGGGAUGCCCUUGAGCAGCUAGCGCUCGACACGGCUGUUGAAGCUGCAGUCAUCGGAUUCCUUGAGCGCAACGAUCAAUUGCCUUACGCACCGGGCAUGAUUCAUGUCUGUUUCACAUUGGCCGACUGGAUCUUUGCUCCUCUUGGCUGCUCCUCCUUUGAUCCCAAUGCUCACUACACGCAGCAUGAGCUCUUAUGUCGAACCUUUGACCAAAUUAUGGCUAUAAUGCUCUGGUACCCGCCUUCCAGCGCAUCCAAGGAUUCCAUGGAGCACCAAUGCGAGGGAGCCCUAACACGACGCAUCACACAUUUUCUCGCUGUAUCCCGCCGUUUGCUUCCCGAGCUGACAGCUUACUUUGAUGAAGAGGAGGUCAACGGGUUUGCAGAAGAGUGGGUGCAUUCCUGGAUCAAGUGGUGGUGCGCUCGAGAGCUGCCCGGCGAACAAAAAGGUCGUCUCUGGGAUUUUUAUCUUGGGUAUCGCCCUUCAGUGUACUCUUCAGAGGCAAGCAGAAGCAGCAGCAAUACUACGUCGCCAGCGUCGCCCGCACCACCGGAGCCUCGCGCCUCUAUUGAUGUUUCUGAUGGGAACGGUGAGGAAGAAGCCCCUGCACGACCGAACCCGCUUGGGCAAGAGGACGAAAAUAAGCCUCUGGCCGGCGAGGCAUACACUCCGGCGGACUGGCAUACUUAUGUCUGUGUUGCUCUCUUGAAAGCGUGCAAGGACGAGCUCGAGGAGCUAGAAUUGUCGGAAAUUCGAGCCCUCUUGAGCAGGCUGCCAAAGCUGAACGUGAAUGCCAUUCUUGCAGAAGCCAGAAAAGCCCGGAGAGAGCUAAGAGAGCUCGGACUUCGAGAAGACGAGGAGGUUCGAAGGCGAGCCGAUCAAAAGUAUUAA